AUGUCGUCACAAGAACAUUUGGAAAUUCGCGCAAACAUUAAAUUUUACAAAGAAAUAGGGAAAACACCAUCCGAAACGUAUAAGCUACUAAAGCUGACACGGGUAGACUACUGCGUUUGCCGUGCACUGGUUUUCAAGUGGCAUCGACGCUUUUCUGAUGGCCGACAGUCCCUUGAAGAUGAUGCAGGCCGUGGACGGAAGUCAACAAUCGGACCGUCAGCUGUGACGUCAAUUGAAGAGAAACUGAAACCGGACUGCAGCAUGACUGUAUGGGAGCUGUCAGAGGCUGCCAAUGUCAUCUAUGGAACCGCACACAGCAUUUUGACCACCGAAUUAAACAUGCGGAAGGUACUCGACCGUGAUCUCAUCCGGGCGCUUGGAAAGAAGAGGGGUGACAUCCGGUUGAUCAUUUCAUCCUCCAUCAGGAUAAUGCCCCACUUCAUACUGCGGCGACCACACAGCUUGAGAUUAGCGUCCUAG